GCGAAUUCGAUCAAAGUGGAUUUGCAAGUGCUUUAUUUUGAAAGAAAAUUUUUCAUAUGAAUACCUAAUUGAAAAUUCCUCAGAUUUUUGUCAAAAACCGUAUAACUAAAUAAAUAAGGUCACAGUACUAUCUAUUUAAACUUAAACUACCCCAUAUAGUCCAAGUGCUUUAUUUAAUGAGACACCAGCACUAAGCACACUAAUUAUUAAGCAGUAUAAACAUUCAAUUUUGUUCCCGAAACAAGUAAAUUAGGAAAUAAAAUGCUUUGUUAACAAAAAAAAACUAAUAUGUAAAACCAAACGAGCCAAUCUUUAAAAUUUCCAAUAUUCUAAAUCAGUGAACUAAGUGUUUAAAUAUUUUUAACGCUGUCAAUAUGCAGAUAGAAUAUUAAAAAAAUAAAAUACAAUCAACCGCACAGUUUUAAGAAUCGAACCUAAAUAAUAAUGGAUCCUAACUCCAGCCCGUGGGCGUAUGCUUAUAACCGCAUUGUUCCGUCAGCUUCAGGUUCCAGUGACGAUUUUCAGCAUACGCACUUGGCACAAAUUUCAGCCGCCGCUGGGUCUUCGGCGCAAUCACUGCUCCUGCAAGCAGCUCACUCAAGCAUCGCUGGUUUCAAUGCAACAAGUGGAAAUUUUGUGCCCCCUACACCGAUCGGAGGAUAUAAUCCUGUAUUCCAGCAAAUUUACCAUCAUGCCGCUCAGGCUGCAGUCCAACCGAAGCCGGCUCAUUACGCUUCCUCUGCAGUGAGCACAUCCCACCGACAUCUAGGCCUGUCUGGUACGGUAGAAAAGCAAGAAAUUUGUCGAUCGCAACCUGCCGCUCUGGGCUACACAACGAAUCAGUCCAUUAAUAUACCAACGUCGAGCUAUUAUGGCGAGAACUCUUCUUCUAGUGGCGCGUCACCUUCCCCCACUACUAGUGCAACUUCAUCAACAACUUUGAGUUGGAAUACGCCAGUAAUAGGCACGCCACAGCAAAUGUCAGCGAACACUUUUCUUACCAUGCACCAGCAGCAACAGCAAGCCCAACAACAAGCAACUAUUAAUCAAGUAGAAAAGGUAAUCAAUUCCAAGCAGUCCAACCUUCAAAUUCAAAUGAAGGGUAACUCAAAGAAUUAUGAAGACCUAAUUUAUGUUGGAAACCAUCAGCAAGAGCACGAAGAGAACACUCUUCAGCUAGAUAAUCAAAUCAUUCAAGCCGUCUCCGAAGAAGAUUGCGCUCGUUCUGAAGAGGGCUUCUAUACAUUUGUUGACGGAAAACUGUCGUACAACAUUCCCGCUGCUGCGAUAAGCUCAGCUUCUCUGCCAAAUAAAAUGCCAGUCUCUUCGAUUAAGGUUGUGACGCCAAGAAAGCAUAGCUCUAGCGAAAGUCAUCACCCUACUCUACAGCAAGGCUUAAGACAAAUUCCCAGUCCAGCUUAUCCAAUUUAUGAAAGCCCUUCCUUAUGUUCUUCUGUGGGUUCACCACCCCCAGCUGUGAACAGUGUUCACAAUAACGAAUCGGCUAACAAUUCGAGCCAUAACAAUGUGUACAAGUCAAAUACACCAACACAACAAGCCCAAACCUCUCUCGACGUAUCUAACGUUGGACGCGGUGCUAAUAGCAAUAACAGUCGCAACAACAAUUUUGCGAGAAAUAGUGUUAGCAAUAGCUCUCUUUCACCUACAACAAGUGUUGGCUAUUCUUCUGUGAUAACAAGUGCCUUUCAAGCUCAACAGCAACAACAGUUGCAACAAGAACACCAUCAAAUUCAACAGUCUGUAUGCUGGCCCGGUAGCAGUACCAACAAGUUAUCUGAUAUAAGUAAACAUGAUCAGAAGGUGUACUCUAUCCAUUUCCCACAUGCACAAGAAAACAAUAUUUACAUAUUGCCUCCAUCGUUGCAAAUAAAGCGUACGAUAAUAGAAACAGUCCAGCAAAACUCUGAAUUACCACAGGCUUCGCCCCAGGUUCACCAGCAAAUGGUCGAAAAUACAUUGCAUGUUAUGUCUUCACAAAGAGAUGCAGCAAAACAACAACCUCGAAAUCAAUUACAGCCGACAGAGCCGCAACAAAUAGCACAAAACAAACAACAACAUUCUGUUGAAAACGUUUUGGCUUCAAACAAUGCACAAGCGUCACAGAUUCAAAAUACCACUAAGGUUGAAGAAGUACAAAAGCCGGCUCCUACUAAAAAAGCACCUAGAAAAAGGCAACCUAAGAAAACUUUACUACAAAACAAUGACUUUUCGCGAACAUCACAGCAAAACAAUCAACCUAUCCAACAACCUUCAAGGCAACAACAACAGCAACAGCAACAAAUUCAACAUCAUCAACCCCAACAGCAGCAGCAACAACAGGUCCAACAACAACAACAACAACAACAGCAGCAGCAGCAACAACAACAACAACAUAAUAGUUCCUUUUACGAUUACAAUAACCGAUGGAUGCAGCCAAAAGUUGAAAAUAAUAUAAAUAUUCCGUCGUUCAGCAACAAUCAGUCACAACAGCCGAAUCCUGUACCCCAACCAGCGCACGUUCAGUCUUCUCAAACCCAUCCUCAUAUAUCUCAGAUUUCACAGUACUAUCCGGCAUUUCCUCAGCAUGUUUCAACACAAUACGCUGCGUGCAUGAGUCAGAAUACUAACCUCUACAAUUUGACGCCAUUAGGACAAGACACUCAGCAAGAACAACAACAACAACAACAGAAUGUUCAUCAAAAUACACAAGAAACAUUGCAACAGCAAAACCCCACAGAAGAAGUGCAGGCAGACCAAGCAGCGGAAAGUUUGUCUUGCAAAGUCAUAGUGCCCAAUAUUGAAGACGAACUCCAUUUUCUUACGACUGCGGAUCCGAAAGCAGCUAAAAUGCAAAAUAACUUACUUUAUGGUCGUGAUUCUAAUAAUCUCAAAACAUCUUUGCAAAAACCACCAGAAACAACAAACACGUACCCACCUUUUGAAAAGAAAGACGCGCCAGGAAAGAAAUCAGCCUUCAUGGAUAGCUAUCUUAAAUUUCUUCAAGGUGAACGCGAUGAAUCACCCCCGCCUCUUAUGAAGACAGGUAGAAAAUAUAACUACCAAAAGCCAUGUAUGCAAAAGGAGUAUGCUAGUAAUAACAAAAGGAAAUCUAAUGACAACAGUCACUCGUCUAACACAUCUUCUGUGACAGCUGCAGAAAACGCGCCAGCAGUAGAAGGCUCCGCUGCACCUACAAGCAAUAAUGAAGGAACUAUCACUGGUUCAGAUGAUGGCCAUAAAAUAAAAAUAAUAAGUCAAACCCAGAUACUCCCAAAAAAGAGACCACAAGCACAAAACAUGGCUGCAGUUAUACAACAGAAUCCAGCGAGUUCUGAAGAAACUCCACAACAGCAUCAGGUGCAACAGCAACAACAACAACAACAACAGCAGCUCCGCGUUCCGCAACAACAACAUUCGCAGCAGUACCGACAGAUUCCACCACAAUCUCAAAACUUCCAUCAAGAUCCCUUGGCUCUUCCUCCUCGCAGAGAGCAAUCUUUGCGAAAAGCAAAGGCACGUGGUAUCAACGAAAUUAUGCAAACUUCCCCUGCAGUUACGGACCGCGAUGAACCAGAAGAGUUUGCUGAUUCUGAUGCGGACCCUGUUUGGACACCACAAGACGAUGAUAGUGAGGAUGGUAUGCCUGGAAACUUUGCGGGAAAACGUAAGAACCGGCGAAUUAAACCAAAUCCUUCAACAAAGAAAAAAGAUAGCUCUGCUAUGAAAGACGAUACAACAUUAGAAAACGAUAGCAUCAAUAAAAUGGCUUUAGUUUCAUCAACAUCGAACAAUUUGUCAGAGAAUACAUCUGCAAAUGCUGGCGACAACUUCAAGACUGGUGAUUUCAUUGUUCUGCGGUCAGAUUUAGUAAAUGACUGGCCAAUAAUAUGGCAAGUUGAUUCUAAGUGCAUCUUACAAAAAUAUGAAUCAUUCUGCCAGAAUGGAAAAAUGUUCUAUCGCAACAUGUCGAAGCAGUAUGCAUCAUGGAAUUUAGACACAAAAAAACUAUACAUUAAAGCACCAGUACGCAUUCAAGUUCAAUCUCAUACCGAAACAAUUGUGGAGUUUAUGCGUUCUGAGUUAUUAGCUGAUGAUACUGAACAAUUUAUCGAAAAAAUUAUGGAAGACUAUCUUACUUAUCGAGAUCAUUUUGAGAUUUACAUUCAAACAAUGAUUUCACAAGUCUUGGACCCGAGUUUCUUUUCGGAAAUUAAUAGAGAAAAAGACGAAUACUUUUUAUCAAGUGUAAGGACCAUCGAUGAAAUAAUGGAAAAUUGCAAAAGAAAAUUACUUUCGAUAACUCCUUGGACGCGAAGUGUUAUUGUUUCGAUAGAAACAUGGCCACAAUGUCAUGUUUUCACAGAAUGGGGGCAAAACAAUGUGAAUCAGAAAAACUGUGGGGGAUGUCACCAGCCGGGUAUAUCAGUUAGAUUCCUUCUGUUCGGACAUCCCUACAAUACGAAUACAAUGCAAACAGUUCCAGUUGAUAUGAGAGUCGCUUACGAGAAGGAUAUUCUUCUUUGCCGAAUAUGUGCUGCCAGAGCUGAUAUAUUCCACAAAAUUGCUCAUGAAAAAUACAAUUUGUUUGCUAUUUGCACAAGACGUGUUGGUGAACAUCAAAAAGAGUUACCAGGAAAAAGUUCUACAGACAUUUUAAAUGAUCUGCUUGCUGAAAACAACUGGGUGGAUGAGCUAUUUCGUAAUAUGAGAAGCUCCUGGGCAGAAGUUGAAAGUUUGGAACGGCAAAAACGUUUUCACGAAGUUUCGCAAUAAUAAAUUUGAUUUAUAAAAAAAUAUGAAUUAAGUAUUUGGUUUUUAAAAAAGUAUAUUUUAUAUUAUUUCGAUGUAAAGAAGUUUUUUGUUUCAAUAUCCAAUUAAAAAAAAACAUAGCUAUAAGAAAUAUUAUGAAAUGCGCAAAUCUUUAAGAUUAAAUUUUGUUCAAACAAAUUAACAUGGUUUUUAAGUUUGAAUUUAUCUUCUUCAUUGCUUCAAUGCGUUAUUGAAUGAAAUGUGUAUAAAAUAACGAAAUGAUAAAUUAUAAUGAAAACAAUAUUUACGUUAGCUCGCGUAUGUAUGUUAAUUGUUUUCGUUUUAUUUUUGAAUACAAAAAUUCUUUUAUAGCUGACCUACGAGUAAAUGUAAGCAAAUAAACAAUUUGAAUGAAAUAAAAACUAUA